UUUCAUACUCGUAUCUUUUUCUCUUCUUCUGUUUCUAGAUGGAGAUGCUCAAGUACAAUCUCAACCAUCCAUCAUGAAGGGAACCUCACCCAAGAUCAUCUCAUAAGACCAAGGUGCACACAUUGCCUCUCCCAAACUUCAAAUCUCCUUCUAUGCAAGACCAUUCCUCACAUUCUUUCCCUGGAAGCCAACAAGAGAAGAAAGAAGCACUGGUGAGGCCACAUCUGGAGUACUGUGUUCAGUUUUGGGCCCCCCACUACAGAAAGAUGUGGACAAAUUGGAGAGAGUUCAGCAGAAGGCAACAAAAAUGAUUCAGCUCUAUUACUCAGGAUGUUACUGCUACAAGUUCUUUUAGUGACUUCAAUUUGGUCUUAUGGAUCUAUAGGACUAAUUCUCACCCAAAGUCCAUUGUCUACCACCAAAAGUGAAGGCAGUACUGCACGUAUAAAGUGUGUUUUUACUGACUUUACGGGAGCUUUUGAUUCAGCUGCAAUUCACUGGUAUCAACAGAGCCCUGGUGAAGCUCCAAAGAGAGUUUUGUACUUCAUAUCAGCAGAAGCUGCUGUUGAUGACCAGUCUCAGAAAAGCAGGUUUACAGUCGUGAAAGAUUCUUUAAAGCUCAGCUGUACUUUCCAAAUAAAUCGUGCAAAGAAAACUGAUACCGGUGUCUACUACUGUGCUUACUGGGAUAAUGGAGAUGCUCUGGUGCUGACACAAUCAGAACCCUCCAAAACCAGGGAAGAAACUAAAUCUGCAUCUAUUAAAUGCCAUGUUACUGGGACUACCACUGUUAUACACUGGUAUCGACACAAGCCUGGGGAAGGUCCAGAGCGGAUUCUGUACUUGUCAGCAGGAAAAGCUGUCUAUGACAAGGAGUCUGAGAAAAAGUUUUCAAUGAACAUGCAAAAGUUAAUCACCCAAACUGCAGAGUUCAGAGGAGAAGGCAGGAGUGCAUGUAUGAACUGUGAUAUUACCGGCAACUCUCAAGUAUUUCUUGUGAAGUAUUCUCCCAGUGAUUGGCUGGAGGGCUCAGUUUUUUCAACCAUGAACCACCAGCUUCAGUUAAGUAUGGUAACUUUUUGUACAAAGAAAAAACACUGUGCUACUACAACAUGGAUCAAAUACUUUGGCACAGGAACCAAACUCGUGGUUUCUAAUAAACAAGCAACACCUACAGCACAAGGCGAGAUGCUGCAUUACAUGGAGAACUCAAAGGAAACAUAUGUUUGCCUUGUUCAUAAUUUUUUCCCGAAUGUUAUUCAGAUGUAUUGGAAAGAUAAAGAGGGAAAGAAAAUAUCAGAUAAUGUAGUACAGGGAGAAGUUUGGCCAGCUCGGGAGGAUGCAGACUCAUACUCAGUCAGCAGCUGGCUGACUGUAAAUAAGGAAAUCAACAAGGAAUAUAUUUGCUUCUAUGAGCGCGAAGGAUCUGGAACACAAAAAGUUCAGGCUGAACGCCCACCAGCAACUGUGACUCAAACAGACAACUGUAUUGCCGGGCAAGCAAAUGGCACAGUAUUUUUCAAAGAGAAUUUCACGCACAGGACUGCAUCUUUAAUAUACAUAGUUCUUCUCCUGAAAAGCAGCAUGUACUAUGUCAUCGUACUCUUCUUCAUAUACAGAAUGAAAAGCCCAACCAAGGGUCCCCCCAGAAAGAAACAUUAAACUAUUCCUUCCAGCUUACAAAGUCAGCAUUUGUAUCUUAAUUUUGCUUAAUAAAGCUGCUCACAUAACUAUAAUAUACAUUGCUUUAAAUGUGGAAAAAAAGUGGAAAAAUAUCAGCUUGAGACCUUUCAACACUUAGGCAUGCAACUGAUGUCAUGAAUAUUGAAAGCUCUGCUAUAUUCAGUGAGCUAAAUGAGACUACCUGCGUGUGUGAAUGCAUUUGGUGGCAGUGCUAAGACUUAAAACUAAUUUACUGUUUAAUUUUUAGUUUCAUGGGAAAUUUUUUUUUCUUCAAUUUCAUUUAUUUCCUUCAUAAAAGAAAUGUGUAAUUAUUGUAUCAGAACUGUGAAAAGUUGAGAUAUUUAAAUAAAACGGAGAAUUAUAAUAUACUGUUUACUUCAUUUUUUUUUGAAGGAAAUGUAAAUUGAGGUUUUUUUUCUUAAAGUCCUUUAGGACUUUGCCUUAGACAGACACAAAACCCAUGUAAGUUUAACAGAAUGAUGAAGCCAAACAUUUUUAUUUUAUAUACAUUGCAAAAGUCUAUAUGGCAUCUUUUAACAUAUAAACCGUAAUGAAUGAAAAUACUACCCCAUCCAGUUGUGUCUAUACCUUCCAAUAGAUGCCUAAAAACUUUCCAAGAGUGAAAUAAUUUGCUAAAAAAAAUAAUUUAAACUCCAAAGAUGGGAAGAUGGGAUGGAAUGCACUCUCAGCAAGUUUGCAGAUGACACCGAGCUUCAUAAAAACCUUGACAAACUGGAGGAUUGGACCACAAGAAAUCUCAUGGAGUGCGUCCACACAUGCAAGCAUGUGUGCUUGCAGCAACUCAAAUACAAGUGGUGCAAAUGUGAGCCACGACUUUUUGCUUCAUCGCACGUGCCGGGACAUCCACUUUGUUGUGGAGAAAACUGUUCCACUUGGGGCAAAAUAACCUUGUCUGGCUGCUCCUGGAUCUGCAGCCAGGGGGAGAGAGCCUGGGGCCCGAGUAUAAAAAACCUGCCCUGGCCAGCAGCUCAGGGCUACUUGCCCUCAGGAGCUUCUGAGGUAUUUAUUUGAAUGUUAUAAAUAGAUAGGAACUUUUGAGGCCCAGCCACUUGGUAUCUGCGGACACUAGUCCCUUGUGUCAGCUAAACUGCUGAGGCAGCAUCCCAAAUUCACUUUUUAAAAUACCCCCAAAUCCACGUUCUUCCACAUUUUGAACAAAAGAGAGAGGGAUUGAUCGGAUAGGCAACGUUUUAUUGCUAUAUUUACAAUGUUAAAGCAAUUGGGAAGCCUGUCAGUGACUCUAGCAUCAUAAUAAAAUAGAUCCUAAAUAUCUA